UUGUUUCCCCAAAUAAUAGAUGGAGUUGUCAGACACAAUUCUUGCCCGCGCUGAGAGGUUUGUGAGCUCCAACUUUUCCAGACUCAAACGACCGCGAAUACAGAAAAUGAAGAUGGCCUUUAUUUUCAUCCUGACCUACUUGUGCUUCUUUGCUCCGGUCCACCAAGCGCAACCUCCGAGCGCCACCAUCUCAGAUCUCUCGCUCAAAAAUAUGGACUUUGCCAUGAACCUUUACAGAAGAAUAUCCACUUACCACGACAAGAACAUCUUCUUCUCGCCUCUGAGCAUCUCGACCAGUUUCGCUGCACUCUUGAUGGCUUCCGAUGGUGUCACGCGCGAGGAAAUCCUGAAGGGGCUCAACCUGGAGCAGCUGGAGAAGGAAGACCAGCCAGAACUUAUCCCAGAACUCUUUCAGCUCCUUCAUGAGAACAUCACACAGAAUGGCUCGCUGCAGCUGGACCAAGGCAUGGCCCUCUUCAUGCGGCAGCAGUUUGGGAUACAGAAGACAUUUAAAGACCAAAUGAAGACCUUUUUUAAUGCCGACAUCACAACUGUAGACUUUGCAGACACGGAGAGAAGCAUCAGUUUGAUUAAUGACUACAUCAAGCAAAAGACUCAGGGUAAAGUUUCAGAGAUGCUUUCUGGCUUGAACGAACUGACCCAGCUCCUGUUGGUCAGCACAAUCUUCUUCCAGGGAGCCUGGGAGAUGCCUUUUAACCCGAAUUUUACCGAAAACGCCGCCUUCUACAUUGACAACUACAACAUUGUGCAAGUGCCGAUGAUGUUUAAGGAAGACAAGUUCUACACGACGGAAGACGUUCGCCUCGGUGCCAGAGUGCUGAACCUGCCGUACCGGGAAGGUGUUUCCAUGCUCAUCCUGCUACCCAACAAAGACAAGGACUACACUGAAAUCGAGGAGGAGAUCACUGCUCAGAAGUUCCAGAACUGGAUUAAAAAGCUGCAAAAAACCAAACUGGAAGUCAACAUGCCCAAAUUCAAGAUGGAGCGGUCGUAUUCCCUGCACACGAUUCUACCAGACAUGGGCAUUACCAGCAUCUUCAGCGAAUCCGCUAAUUUGACGAGGCUCAGUAAGGACGGAUUCUUCAAAGUGUCAGAGGUGCUGCACAAGGCUGUGAUUGAGGUGGACGAGACGGGGACGACAGCAGCAGCUGCUACAACAAUCGGCAUCAUCCCGUACUCCCUGCCGAGGACCUUCACUGUCAACAGGCCAUUCUUCUUCUUCAUAUACCAUGAAGACACAAGCAGCCUGCUGUUCAUGGGCAGGGUGAUUGACCCCACCAAAAACUAACCGCUGUACUGUUUGAACUCUUGCACGUGAUUUCUGUUUACGCAGGCUUUGGCACGGCUGAUUUGGUGUAUUUUUUUUUAAAGCCUUCGAUUGGUUUGUAAUGCUUGUUUUGGCCUCUGCUGUAAAAACCAAACUAUAAGUGAUGAAUAUUAAUAAAGACUUAAUUAAUCUUAA